AUGCACUUUUGCAAUGUGCAGUAUUGCAACUGCCCUGGGUCUGAGGAUUCACAUCUUCAGCUUACCAUGGCUGGCCUAUUCCCAGCUAUGACUAAGGCACCAAGGAUGGCUUUCACUUUCCAGGUGCUGGAUGACUUCAUCAGGGACAAUGUUGAAUGUGGAACCUCUGCCAUGAACUAUUAUAGCAAACUUCAGAGAGUCACCUCAAGUGCAUUUCCUCACCUAGUGCCAAAUAGGUAUAGGGAAUUGCUCAGGGUGUUGAGAAUGUGGAGGCUCCUAAAGCUGUUGAAAUGGCAGGGAUUCCAUCAACAGUUCCCUGAUCCCUGGGCCAGUGAACUUGUCCUCUUCUGCCCUGCCUGUCCCCAGCCAGGGAUCAAUCCUGACUUGUGUAGCUGGUGGUUUGCUAGGACCUUUGUGAUGGACAGCAACUUCAAGGCUGAGCAUAUGCUGCCCAAGAAUGCUGCCAAAGAGGUCUGGCUCAUGGAUGGAAAUGGCUUCAUGGUCACAUCAGCUCCAUACAAGGAAUAUUUGACCAGGACCAUAAAUCAAAUAGAAGUCAAUAUGGAUUAUGCUCUGGUCCAUGCCAUGCACCAUGGAUUGGACCCCAUGCAACUGGUCAUAACCUUUUAUGACAUCAAUUGUCAGUAUAGCAAGAACUUGGCCUGCUGGCUUGAGGAAAAUAGAUAUCUCUCUCUGCCUUCCAGAUUACAGAUUCAGCCCAGCAUUGGACUAUGGCAUGUCCAUGGCCAUCAGACAGAGUGCUUCACCAGAUAUGCUCCAAACUUUAUUCUGGGUGCCAGCCAGGCCCAGGGAAUGGCAACAGCACACUGUCAGGAGUUGCUGGACUUCCAAAUGAAUGAUAGUAACUUCCUCAAAAUGAUACAUGAUGCAUAUGUCAUCACAGUACCUGGUUGA